AUGGCAGUUGUGGAUGAUUUCUCCAAGUACCCAGUCGUUAGCAUCUUGCACACUCUUGCAGCACCUACAGUCAUCAAGCAACUGCGCACCAUAUUCGCUCAGUUCGGCUGUCCAGAAAUUGUAAAGUCAGACAAUGGCCCACCCUUUCAGAGUGAGGGUUUUGCGGAGUUCGCUAGCGAGCUCGGAUUCAAGCAUCACCGCAUCACUCCACGGUGGCCAGAGGCUAACGGGGAAGCCGAACGAUUUAUGCGCACCCUCAAGAAGUCAAUACUUGCAAGUCAUGCCAGCCACUUGGAUUGGACCAAUGAGCUUCAGUCGUUCCUGCUGGCUUACAGGUCCACACCCCAUGGUUCCACAGGAAAGUCUCCGUUUGAACUUCUAUUUGGGAGACCCAUGAGGAAUCUUCUACCGACGCUUGCUGCUGAUACUCAGAACUCGGCUCACUCUGAGGCGAGACAGAAUGACACCCAAAGAAAAGCAUACAACAAGCAGUACAUCGACUCUCGGAGACACACCAGUCACAACCAGUUGCAUGUUGGACAACAAGUCCUCUGCAAACAAGACAGGUCAAACAAGUUCUCGUCUUACUAUGACCCCCACCCAUACACAAUCACCAAAGUCACUGGCUCCAAAAUCACAGCGUCCAGAGAUGGAGUGUCGAUUUGUCACAACUCGAGUUUCUUCAAAGAUGCGAGCAUAGUUCAAAUGGAACGACACCAGGACCAGACCGACAUGCCAGAUCUGGACGAUGCAGCUGUGCCAAGUAACAGUGACCUUCCAAGCCACAGCACAGCUACCCCUAGUGAAGCUCCACCAGCAACUACCAAGAACGCCUCACAGCGGUACCCCCAACGAACCAGGCAACGACUUGAGCGCCUGAAAGACUAUAUACUGCAGUACAAGAGACGACACAGUUCAUGCCAUUUGAACUUGUUUACGGUCGGACAGUAA